AUGAAGAUCAAAACCACCAGACAAAUUCGACAUGAAGCAUUUUUAAGAAAGAAGUAUUUAUGGGGUAUCAGAUUCCGUUGUGCUCGUUAUGUUCAACGCCGCACCCUCAGAACUUGGAAAUGUGAUGAGAUUGAUACGCGCGAUCCAUCAACUUUCUACGACGCGAAUGUUGUAGAGCUAGCUGCGGCAUUAGAGAGGGAUGAGUUACUUACGGGUGUGCCACUGGGAUCAGAACCAGUAACUUUAAAUUUUAAACAUUUCGAUCGGGGUAUUGAAGCAAGAAAAAACUGUCCUGGAAAGCCAUGCGAGCCUGAUUUUCUGGAAGCCCUUGUGAGAGACUGUUGCCUUUUGAUUUGGGAAUUUCGCAGCUUCUGCAGAGAUACAGAAUUCAACUCAAUGGAUGACCCAUUACCUACAAAAUAUGCCGACAUCUUCUGUGAUCUCAACAAGGUAUUUGACGAAUGUCGAAGGCUCAAAAAUUCGCCCGAACUCUUCACCACCCUAAUACAAGAGCGUCAAUUCAUGAAAAAAAUGAGUCGUGUAGCGGAAAUUGUAGACCACCUCCGAGAUGUUAUACUUUUUAAAAAAAAAGAAGGGCUUAUCGAUCGCAAAGUCAAUGAUACCUUGGAAGAUUUUCCUGCGCCAGGAGCGGCAUUUGAGCAUAUGGCCUACUCAAGAUUCUCGACUAUGGCAGUAAAUUAUGUGCAGUACAAAGCUGGAUAUAGGUCGGAGACAGACAAAAACGGGAUCUUGAGGGUUGAGCAAUUAGCACAAGUUGUUCAACAAGGUUUCGGAAGGCAGCAGAAUCCCGUAAUUAUGGGAAAUGCAAAUGUCCCGUAUCAUCGAUUCAUGAUGGGCUACAAAGUAGAAACACCGAGUGAAGAUGCGCAGUAG